AUGGUAUAUGCAAAGUGUGAUCAUCUGGAAAGAAUUAGUUUAUGGGAUAGUCUAUAUAGUUUGGCUGAUCACUUGGACUUGCCUUGGUUGGUAGGGGAUGACUUCAAUGUCAUUAUGAAUGAAGAUGAAAAGAUUGGUGGUUUGCCUGUCUUUCCAGAUGAAUAUGAAGAUUUUGCAUUUUGCAUUAACUCAUGUGAGCUGUUUGAUAUCAAUUAUAAGGGGAGUAUGUUUACUUGGUGGAAUAGGAGGGCAGAACAUGAAUCAUUCUUAGAGGCGGUUAAUCAGGCAUGGAGCACAGAUUUUAAAGGUGAUGAGUUUAUCAGCUUUAACUUAAAGCUGAAGAAUGUGAAAAAUUUAUUAUAUGCAUGGAGUAAGGCAACUUUUGGUGAUAUUUUCAAGCAAUUAAUAGUAAAGGAAGAGGUGGAUGGUGCUACAGAAAGCACAAUCAGAAUUGAAGAUGUUCACUAUGUGGAAGAAUUUUGGAGACAAAAAUCAUAUAUGACAAGUUUUGCUAAAGGAGACAAGAAUACCAGGUAUUUUCAUAGUAUUGUGAAUGAUAGGAGAAAAAUAUUGCAGAUCAAAAGAGUUCAGAAUCUGCAAGGGAUAUGGAUAGAAGAGGAUUCACUUUUAGCAGAAGAAGCUUGUAGAUUUUAUCAGCAGCAGUUCUCUUAG